AUUUCAGUGAAAAGUAUAUCUAGAAGUUAAAAUAUUGAGAAAAAAGAAAAAGAGCAGUGGAACUUGAAAGAAGGAGAACAGAGAGAUUACCUUUAGAGCUCCAUUUUGUUACACUGCACAGAGGUGGUGACUUGCUAAUCAAGAAAACUAGUAGUAAAUAUAGAAGAGGAAGAACUCAGUGCAGCUGCUUUUUUGUUGGUGUUGCACAUAACUGUCGUGUUUGGACAAAAUGCUGCUGCAUAUAUCAUCAAAUUUGGGACACAUCACUGUACUUCCAAGAAAAGGGUUGAGAGAAAAUUUCAAAGCGAGGAUUGCAUCGAGUAGAUUUUCUUAUCGGGCGCUCUUCUAUUCACUAUUGUUCUUCACCUUUCUUCUCCGAUUUGUGUUUGUUUUGAAAGCAGUUGAUAGCAUAGACGGUGAAAACAAAUGCUCUAACAUAGGUUGUCUCGGAAGAAAACUGAGGCCAAAGAUAUUAGAAAGAAAUAAUUCAUCAACUGUACCAGAGGAGAUAUAUGCAACGUUAGAUCAACCCCUUGACAAAUAUGGAAUCGAGGGAAAAUCGGAUAUUCCUCAGACUUUAGAAGAGUUCAUGACUGAAAUGAACAAAGGUGGAUAUGAUGCCAAGACAUUUGCGAUUAAACUAAGAGAAAUGGUAAGAUUUAUGCAACAAAGGACUAGGACCUCCAAAAUCCAAGAACAUUUAUAUCAUCAAGUAGUAUCGAACAGCAUACCGAAACAGCUUCACUGUCUUGAAUUGAGGCUGGCGAAUGAGCACACGAACAAUGCAGCUGCGCGCCUUCGGCUACCAUCUUCAGAACUUUUUCCUGCUCUGGUUGACAAUUCUUACUUUCACUUUGUUCUUGCCUCUGACAAUGUGAUUGCUGCCUCUGUGGUUGCAAAAUCACUUGUUCGCAACAGUUUGCACCCUUGGAAAGUUGUUCUACACAUAAUUACAGAUAGGAAGACUUAUCAUUCCAUGCAUGCUUGGUUUUCACUGCACUCUUUAUCACCUGCUGUAAUUGAGGUCAAGGCAUUGCACCAUUUUGAUUGGUUUACAAAGAGGAAAGUGUCCGCGAUAGAGGCAAAGGAAAAAGAUCAAAUUAAGCGGUCGCAGUUUAGAAGAGGAUCAUCAGUUAUAGUUGCAAAUAUGAAUGAUAAGCCCAAUACUGUUAUUACAGCACAACUGCGAACACGUGGUCCCAAGUAUAGUUCAGUGAUGAACCACAUUCGGAUACAUCUUCCAGAGCUGUUCCCUAGUCUUGACAAGAUUGUCUUCCUGGACGACGACAUUGUGGUACAAACUGAUCUUUCGCCUCUAUGGGACAUUGACAUGAAUGGAAAAGUCAAUGGAGCAGUAGAAACAUGUAAAGGGGGCGAUAAAUUUGCAAUGUCAAAGAGGCUAAAAAGCUAUUUGAACUUCUCCAACCCUCUAAUAUCCAAAUAUUUUGAUCCAAAUGAAUGUCAUUGGGCUUAUGGCAUGAACAUUUUUGACUUGAAAGCUUGGAGGAAGACCAAUAUAAGUCAUACAUACCACUAUUGGGUUGAGCAGAAUAUAGAAGCAAACAUGAGUUUGUGGCAGUUAGGAACAUUACCUCCUGGAUUAAUAGCAUUCCAUGGUAAUGUGCAUAAAAUUGACCCUUUCUGGCACAUGCUGGGAUUGGGAUAUCAGAAAAAUACAAGAGUUGAUGAUGCUAAGAAUGCCGGGGUUGUUCAUUUCAAUGGAAGGGCAAAACCAUGGCUAGAUAUAGGUUUUCCACAACUAAGGCCAUUGUGGAGUAAGUAUGUUGAUUUUUCAGAUAAAUUCAUCAAAAGCUGUCACAUUAGGGCAUCAUAACUUGGAUGUUGAGAGAAUAUGACCUUUUUGAUGAGUUGAAGACAAGGUGCUUGUAUAAAUGAGAGGUUUUUCAAUGUGCAUGUUUGUCUAAGGAAAAGAUGACACAAAAAUGACAUGGCUUGUUUAAAUUUUGAUUUCAAAGUAUUCAUUUAAAAGAUUUCAAAUUCUUUUUCCUCUAUUCACUUUGUACUGUAAAACUAAAAUUUCUAGAUCAUAUACAAAUAUCUAAAGAAAAUGCAGUU